AUGGAGAUUCUUCAUUUUCAAUAUUUUCUUCAAGAAAGAGAGGAAAUUCAAUUAAAAGAAGAUAUCCAAGAAGAAAUCAAGUUCAUAAAAUCCCAAGAACCCUUGAACUUGCAUGAAGGACAUGAAGUAUCCAAAGAAGUCAACAAUGUCUUGCGUGAAUACAGUCAAUUCAGGCAAGAUACAGAGAAAGGAAAUCAUGGUGCAACAGCACAAUAUUGGAUGGGGUACGUCGAGAUGAUUCGACUUUACCAUGAUUUUAGUAGAAGCUUGAGGGAUGGAAACUUUGAUCUGUAUGUGUGCUGCUUGCCUAAAGUCGCAAACUAUUUCUUUAGCAUGAACCAUCCAAAUUACGCUCGUUGGAUUGUCCGUUAUCAUGAUAAUCUUCUCAAACUAAAGGACUCUCAUCCCGAGGUUUACACUGAAUUUCAAAGGGGAUUAUUUUCGCUGCGAAGAACCCAAAAGUCAUUCUCAAGAUUACCAAUCGACUUGACAUUAGAGCAAACGAUAAAUGCAGAUGCUGCAUGUCAGCGAAAAGGUAUAUCAGCUUUAACAAAUUCUAUUUCUGCUCGUCAACGAUGGGCACAAAGUCAUUCUAUUCGAACAAGUAUUGUGUCAUACGUGUUUGAAAAUUUGGGGAUGACAAAACAGGAAGACGUGUCUCAAGAUUUAAAGGCCAGCAGAAUGCGACAAAAUUCUAAAGAUUUACAUCAAGUUAUAAACAUGGUCAAGGAAACCAUGAAUCCAUUUAACGAUGCUAUUGAAAAACAAUAUCUUUUUAAUAUAGCAUCAGGAAAAGCAGCCUCACCAGACACAACAAAGUUUUUGCUCAACAUCGUUAGUGUUGGAAGCAAAGCACGUGAUAAAUUUAUUGACGAAUGUUCUAAAGAUCCAGCAAGAUUCGAAAAACCUAUACGAAGACAAACAUUACACACAUUUGCAACUGGGGGAACGAAGUAUAAUAUUAAAGCUGCUGACAACAAAGUGGUUGCUGUAACGAUGAUGAGAGAUUUGUUUGGUAGCAUCUUGUACCAUUCGCUACAAAGGAAAAUUGAUAUGGCAGAGGUACUGAAGUAUCCUCUAACACCUGUCCCUUUAUCUCUUGGACAUGUUGAUGGCAAAAUGCAAAAGACCCCUAAAGUCAAAUUAUUGAACGAGUUAGAAGCAAAAGUAAAAACUGACGAUCCAAAUCGCGUCGAUGUUAACAUAAUUGAUGGAAUGUUUUUCCUACAUCUUUUUGUUGACCUUCCAGCAACAUUUGGAGCUCUGGCAACAUUCAUUUUGAAACGCGUUUGUGCUAGCAAGGGAAACAUCAUACAUUUUGUUCUAGACAAAAUGGUACACCCGAGUAUCAAGGAUUGUGAAAGGGAUUUGCGAUGUACUGAGAGACAUGGAGCUUAUCAGAUAACUGGACCUGAGCAAAAAAGACCUUCAAACUGGUUGAAUGCAUUGAGAAAUGAUCACUUCAAAGCAGCAUUGGUGGAGUUCUUAGCCUUCUUUUGGGAAAACAACAUGCAUUCAACAGUACUUGGAAACAAAACAGUCAUAAUGAAUCGCAAUGAUACCUGCUACAUGUUUAGAGUUGAAGGAGAGAUCGUGGUCAAAACCGAGAUCGUUAAAUUGUUUUCAACUCAUGAAGAAGCUGAUUCCAGAAUUUUGUACCACCUAUCUUCGAUUCAAACACCAGCAAACGUUGUGAUAAGAACCAUAGAUACUGACGUGCUGAUAAUUGCUCUUGGCUGCCUUAGUAAGUUACCUAACAGCUUGAAUAUUUGGAUGGAAACCGGUGUUUACACUAAAAAUACAUUAAGGUACAUAAGUAUUAAUCAAAUAUACCAGAAAUUGGGCAAAAAUAUUUGCAUGGCCUUGCCAGCAUACCAUGCUUUCACUGGAUGUGACUAUACAGCAUCGUUUAGUAGGAAAGGAAAAAUUCGACCUUUCAAACUACUAGAAAAAAAUGAAAGUGUGCAAGAUGUAUUUAAACAGCUAGGAACAAAUCUUGAUGUCACAGAUGACGCUUUUGCAACGUUGGAAAAAUUUGUAUGCAGCAUGUAUGGAAAAAGGAAUCUAUCAUCUGUAGAUGAAGCUAGGUUGGUAAUGUUUUUGGAAAAGUAUAAACCAAAAGGAGAAAAUGAAGCAAUUUCCUGUGUUAAAAAGUUUGAUGGAAGUUCUCUACCACCUUGUUUACGAGUGUUGCGUCAAAAGAUUUAUCGAACAAAGUAUGUUGCACAGUUAUGGAUGUCAUCAAUAACGUCCGAGCCUCCAAAUCACCUUCCUGAAGACAUGGGUUGGCUGCUGAAAGAUGGCAGCUAUAUCAUUAAGUGGUACGAAGGCGAAAUGUCUCCAAAAGCAGUAGAUGUCACCAGCAAUGAAAAUUAUUAUGGAUUCUCCAGAGAAGUAGAAGAUUUUGAAGGGUUUGAUGAACUGUCAAGUGAUGACGAUUCAGACAGUGAUGACGAAACUAGUGACGAAGACGUGUAAUGAUAAUUUAAGAUGCUGAUGCAGAACAAUAUCAAUCAUGCUGCUAUAACCUAUUGUACAUAUUUAUAUUUUAUUAAAUGCUAUCAGAGCAUUU